GCCAGCAUAAACCAGUUGUGUUCCUGACCAAGCUUGUCCUCCAACUGGCGGGAUCCCAUAGACACAGCCUUCAGAAAUGAAUGAGGAGAGAAUGACAUAUGCAGAGCUAAAAUUGCCCUAUCCAAAGAAGCAGAACAAAAGACAUCCAACUGGUAAAAGGAGAGAAUUCACAUGGAAAAUCAUUGCAAUAAGCCUGGGAAUGAUCUGUUUUCUUCUCCUGCUGGUAAUCACAGUCUUAGGAUAUAUGAUAUGGAUUAAAGAUUUUCAGAUCUCUUCUGUGAACAAAACUCAAACUAUGACAGAAACACCAGAAGUUGAAGAUCACCCAUCUCACCCUGCUUUACCGCCUCUUGCUGAUAAAGAUUAUAACACAUGUCAAGAAAAGUGGUCCUGCUGUGGAGAGAACUGUUAUCAUUUUUCAAAAGACGAGGGAACUUGGACUGAGAGUAAGAAGUCAUGCCAAGACCUUGGUUCUAGUCUCAUUAAGAUUGAAAGCAAAGAGGAGCAGACCUUUCUUCAAUCAAAGAUCAAAUACAGAUAUUGGGUUGGAUUACAAAGAAAAGGAGCUAAUCAUCCUUGGGUGUGGCUGGAUUACUCAACACUAUCUAAGAAACUGAAUUUUCAAGAUACUGUACCAAAUGCAAACUGUGGACUCCUCAAGCCAACAAAUAUUACUACUGCUGUUUGUACUAAACGUUCUCCUUUCAUUUGUAAAAAGAAGAUUUCCUGCCUUAAUAAUUAGCAAGACUAUAAAUAAAAUCUUAUAUUUACAUUCUUUAAUAACUAUUAGGGAAAAAACUGAGUAUUUACUCAAAUUAGUCAACUAUGCCUGAUUUAUAAAGGGUUCUGAUCUUUUAAAACAUCCUUGAGCAAGGAUAAAAUAUGAAGUUUUAUAAAUAGUAAUAUUAAAUAAAUAGAAAAAUAAGUUUGUUUGAGAUUUCCAGAACUA